GGCGCACCCGGAAGUGACUCUUCCCAGCGGCAGCGGUCCAGGCCACUCGCAGGUUUUUUUAUUUGACACCUCAGGCCUUUAAGCGGAUUUAUUGGUUAGAAGCCAGGAACCAUGCCUGGAGCCAGACCAACUGAAGGAAGGGUGGACAGAGAGUGUAAGCAGGACUUUGCCUGUGGGUGAACGUUUUGCCUCAAGGAGAUCCUUGGCCCAAUUCAAAUCUACCUAUCACAUAGUCUCUGGUUUGAACUUGGAGCAUUUCAAGUAUUAAGAGAAGAGUCCCAAUGCACAAACCUAGAUGCUUCCUCUCCAGGAUGGGUUUCUUCUCCAAAUCAGGACUGCUCUACUGGUGUCCUGGGAAACCUCCGUAUUGGUCACAGCUUUUAUGGGGCUCAGCAUGCAAGGGAACCUUCACCAAGAGUUGUAAAAGGGGACAGAAAAGUCAGAAGAAACCAAGCCAUAUUGGGACAAUAGAUAGUUCCUGGGAGGAAAGGCUGGCUGAUGUUGUGACACCACUCUGGAGGCUGAGCUAUGAAGAACAGCUCAAGGUGAAAUUUGAAGCUCAGAAGAAAAUUUUACGAAGACUAGAGUCUUACCUCCAAAAGUUCAACGGAGUCAAAGUGACAACAGCUGCACCCAAAUCAGAGGGACUCUGUUUUCUUCUCCAUCCUAUUAUACCCUCUCCUGUCAUCGAUGGCUACCGAAAUAAGUCCACUUUUUCUGUGAACCGAGGUCCAGAUGGAAAUCCGAAGACUGUGGGAUACUACCUUGGAACUUGGAGAGACAGAAACAUCGUCUGUGUGCGGUCUAACCAUCUGAAAAACAUCCCUGAGAAACACAGUCAAGUGGCCCAGUACUACGAAGUAUUCCUUCGACAGUCCCCAUUGGAGCCCUGCCUUCAGUUUCAUGAAGGUGGACACUGGCGUGAGCUCAUAGUCCGCACCAAUAGCCAAGGGCACACAAUGGCCAUCGUUACUUUCCAUCCCCAGGAAUUAAGUCAGGAGGAGCUCUGUGUUCAGAAGGAAACUGUAAAGGAGUUUUUCAUCAAAGGUCCAGGAGCAGGCUGUAACUUGACAUCACUGUACUUCCAGGAAAGCACCAGGACCCGCUGCAGCCAUCAGCAGUCCCCCUUCCAGCUCCUUUUUGGGGAACCCCACAUCUUUGAAGAGCUCUUGGGCUUGAAGGUCCGCAUCUCUCCAGAUGCCUUUUUCCAAAUUAACACUGCUGGUGCAGAGAUGCUCUAUCGGACCAUAGGGAAGCUGAGUGGAGUGAAUUCUAACACCAUCCUCCUUGAUAUCUGCUGUGGAACUGGUGUGAUUGGUCUCUCUCUGGCUAAAUAUACCUCCCAGGUCCUUGGGAUUGAGUUGGUGGAGCAGGCGGUAGAGGACGCCAGGUGGACUGCAGCCUUCAAUGGCAUCACCAACUGUGAAUUCUAUGCUGGUCAAGCAGAGAAGAUUUUGCCACAGCUGCUAAAGUCAAAGGAAAAUGGGCAGUUAAUUGUUGCUGUGGUAAACCCAGCCCGGGCAGGACUGCAUUACCAGGUGGUUCAAGCCAUUCGAAACUGCAGGGCCAUCCGCACACUAGUUUUUAUUUCCUGCAAGCCCUAUGGUGAAACCACUAGGAACAUCAUUGAGCUGUGUUGUCCCCCAAACUCUGAUAAGAAGCUUCUUGGCAAGCCUUUUGUCCUGAGACAAGCUGUGCCUGUGGAUCUGUUCCCCCACACCCUACACUGUGAGCUGGUGUUCCUCUUUACUCGAUAAGCAGCCUCCUACAAGAUGGGCUCUUCAUUAAGGCUGAAAUUUCAUUAACUUCCAGGUUUGGCAUAUUGUUACAUUGCAGACCCUGAGAGGGUUCCUGGGGAAAACAAUCUUUGGAUCAUGAGUAGGAAGAAUAUACAUGAGCCCGAUUUAUUACCUUCGUUUUCAGCUUCCCUUGUUUCCACGUGUGUUUGUUUGCUGUGACCACUCCUUGGCCCUGGAUCUGGACUGUUCCUGCUGUUGUCAGCCUGUCCUGGCUCCGUUGGCCUGAAACUUUCUGUGGUGUGGCAACAACUGAGUUUUUCUCAGCAUCUCAUAAUAAUGUCACAUUGUCUCAGGUCUCUGUAUUUGCCCAGAGAUUUUAUUAGAUAUGUUCUGUGUUCUUGAGUUACCAAGGAUUAUGACUAGAAUCAAGUCUAACAUUUUUCAAAAAGCAGAGUAAGUUAUAAAGUGAUUGCAGAGUGACUGCAUGAACUUCAGUCCUUUGGGUUUUCUAUGCUUUGAGGCUUCUAGAAUACCCUUUUUAAAAUGUGGUUAAUCUUAGGAGCAAUAGCACCAAUUAGUUCUCACCUGUGGAGGGAGAACUGGUGUAAUAGAGAUCCCAAGGGAAAGGAGAUCUUCAGAGAAGAGAUUGACUACCUACAAUUGUGCUGCGUAGUAUAGAGACAGAAAGUUCCAGAACCCCUUUAAUGAUCUAGUAUAUACUAUAAUAAACUGGAUAUUUAAAAUGA